AUGGAGUGUGGUUGUGCUAUUGAAAAUCUUUUAAAAAAAAACUUUUCUCUAUUGAGUUUUCAAGAAAAAUUGGAAUUGGUGCAAGUUGGAAGACCAACACCAAAACUUCCCAAUAUGACUUGCGUGAGUAAAUGCCGAGGCAGAUCCUUCAGUAGACAUUUUCAGUCAUCCAAUUAUGAUGAGAAAUCUUGGUUAUGUGGCUGUUCUUUAAUAAAUAAAUUGUUUUGCUGGCCAUGCCUUUUAUUUACUACAUCUAAAGAAAGAGGUGUUUGGACUUCUGGAUAUAGUGACUUAAAUCACUUGGCUACUGCUAUGAAUAAACAUCAACUGACACAAGCACAUAUUAAUAGUGUUGUUUCCUUAAAAACGUUUGGAAACACAAGAAUUGAGUUUUCCCUAGACGAACAACAAAAAAUAGCAACAACUCGACACAAUCAACAGGUUUCAGAAAACCGUAAAAUUUUAGAACGCCUAAUAGAUUGUGUUUGCUUUUUAGGGACUCAAGAACUUGCUUUUAGGGGUAAUGAUGAGUCCCAGAGUUCGAAUAAUAAAGGAAACUAUAAGGAGCUGCUAAACUUACUAGCUAAAUAUGAUAAUAAAUUAGAACGUCAUUUAACUACUGCUACUACGUUUACAGGAACAUCAAGCUCUAUUCAAAAUGAAUUAAUAAACGCUGUGGCUUCUGUCAUAUCUGAUUGUAUAGAGGAAGAAAUUAACAAAUCAUCAUUCAUUUCAGUCAUGUUAGAUGAAACUACAGACAUUGGAAAAAAAUCACAACUUUCUCUUGUUUUUCGAUAUGUUGAUGGCAAUGGCUUACCAAGAGAGAGAUUUUAUAAAUUUUGGGACUUAAGUGCAGAUCGUUCAGCGGCUGCUAUAUCAAAUAAAAUAAUUAAUAUUAUUAAAAUGAAAAAUUGGGGUGACAAACUUGUUGCGCAAACCUAUGAUGGUGCUGCAGUUAUGGCAAGUGAUUUGAAUGGCACUCAAGCUAAAGUCAGAGAAAACUUCCCACAAGCUGCGUUCAUUCAUUGCAACGCACAUGUGUUAAAUUUAGUAUUGUCACAAAGUGUAAAUUUUAUUAGUGAAGUAAAAAUUUUUUUUACUACUCUGUCCGGAAUGUCGUCAUUUUUUUCUCAUUCGUCGAAAAGAACGCAUUUGUUGGAUGAUAUAGUCAGAAGAAGACUACCUACUGCUGCACCAACAAGAUGGAAUUAUACAUCUCGAAUGGUGAACACUGUGUGGGCUCACUAUAAUGAUUUAAUCAACCUUUUUGAGGAAAUGAUUGAGGAUCCUGACAACUGGGCAUCUGAUGCAGUAGAAGCUAGAGGAUUUCGUCACUUUUUGGGAGAAUUUAAUACAAAAGCUGAAAUACGUCUUAAACGUGGUGAAACGGCAGAAGAACAUAAAAUUCGUUAUCGGGGUAUCUAUUGUAAAGUUAUAGAUACCAUUUAUAAUCAAAUGAAAUGA